AUCGACGAAUACCCGUCCGCCAAACAGGUUCUUGGCUCGUGCUUGCGUCACUGCCUCCAUAUAUGGGGUGAGUGCCCGGCGCGAGUGUCGCUCCGCGGAACGGGCGCCGGCGGCUCGCUCAGUGAAUGGGAGGUCCGUGGCGGGGUCGGUGUCGCGCCGCGAAACGGAGAGCCGGCGUGAUACGGCCGAAGUGACCCAUGUGAUUUGGAUUUUCACAGCAGGAGUCCACUGUAGCCAGCGGCACCGCCUCCACGCUCCGCCACCAUGGGGAAGGACUACUACAAAACGCUGGGCAUCGCCCGCAACGCCACAGACGAGGAGAUCCGCAAGGCCUAUCGCAAGAUGGCGCUCAAACACCAUCCGGACAAGAACAAGGCACCCGGCGCAGAGGAGAAGUUCAAGGACAUCGCCGAGGCGUACGAAGUGCUCAGCGACAAGAAAAAGAAGGACGUUUACGAUAGGUACGGCGAGGAGGGCCUCAAGGGUAACAUGGGUGGUGGCGGCGGCGGCGGCGGCGGAGGCGCGCCCAACUUCACAUACACGUUCCAUGGAGACCCGCGCGCCACAUUCGCACAGUUUUUCGGGACCAACAACCCUUUCGAGUCGUUCUUUUCGUCCGGUAUGGGCCCAGGCGGUGGUCUGGGCGGUCGGGUGUUCUUUGACGAGGAGAUGGAGGACGGUGGACUGCCGCACUUCGGCAUGGGCUCGCGGCCGGGUGCCUUCCGCUCGCAGUCGUUCAACACGGGCCCGUCGAAGCCGCGUACCAAGCAGCAGGACCCGGCCGUCGAGCACGACCUGUAUGUCACACUGGACGACAUCGCGCGCGGCUGCACAAAGAAGAUGAAAAUCUCUCGCAAGGUGAUGAACCCAGACGGAGUGACGUCGCGUCGCGAAGACAAGGUGCUCACCAUCAACGUCAAGCCCGGAUGGAAGGCCGGCACUCGGAUCACCUUCCAGCGGGAGGGCGACCAGGGGCAGGGCAAGAUCCCGGCAGACAUCGUCUUCAUCAUCCGCGACAAGCCCCACCCGCUGUUCAAGCGCGAGGGCAGUGACAUCCGCUACACGUGCAAGAUUAGCUUGCGGGAAGCGCUGUGUGGCACGGUGGUCGAAAUUCCCGUGCUGCAGGGCGAGGGCAUCCCGCUCGACCUGACGCGCGAAAUCGUCAAACCCAAGACGACAAAGCGCCUGCAGGGCCGCGGUCUGCCUCACCCGAAGGAGCCGAGCCGGCGGGGCGACCUGAUCGUCACGUUCGACAUCAAAUUCCCCGAGGUACUGUCGACCAGCGCCAAGGAGAUCCUGAGCAGCGUGCUAUGACUGGCCGACGCCUACGUGUGGCGUCCGUACGUAGCGCUCAUCAGCGGCGCCCUCUUCCCCGAGGAGCGCGGACUCGAGGAGUGGGAGGACGAGGACGAGGACGAGCAGGAGGACGCGCCGGGGGAGGAGCCUCUGCAGGAGGCCGGCUGGCCGUGGUGACGCCGCCCCCGAGCGGACCGUCCGCGCGCCGGCCGCCGGCGCCGGCCCGCGGCCCGCGCGGCGCGUUGUAGUGCCUCGUUUCACGUUCAUUGGGCGGCCGGUGGCCCCGGUCGGUUGCGAAUCAACUCCUCACCGUCACCAAUAGCCGCGCGCCCCUGCCGCGGGAGGGAGCGCGCCCGGGCCGCGCGCACCGCGCCCGCCCGCCCGCCGCGGAUCGCAGACAGUGACAAUAAUUGACUCUACUUGUUAUGUGCUCGUAUUGCGUAGAUAUUUAACUCGUGACAGGUUGUUGGCUUGUGCAGGCUUGAUCCGUUGUGACGUGACUGGGUAAGUGAUGACCUACCAUAAACGCUUCGUUUGUGCCUCAGACGACGGUAUCUAACUCGGGCAAAUGAUCUGCGAAGGCUGUGUGACUUACGUUUAAAAUAUAUUCGGUAUAUCGCC